UCUGCCACCAACCACGCAAGCACCUACCACUCUGCCACCAACCACGGUAGCACCUACCACUCUGCCACCAACCACGCAAACACUUACUACUCUACCACCUACCACUAUGCCACCAACCACACUACAACCCGUUCCAAACUGUUCGAUACUGUCUACCAGUGCUGGAGUAACUUGGCUCUCACCACACUUCGGCUACGAGAACUACCCAAACAACUUCAUGUGUGGACUUACUGAGCAUGCGGAUUCUCCAUACAUGACCGCCUUCAAGAUCAACACUUUGCAACUGCAGCGGAAGAAACAUAGGCAAUGCGUUGACUUUAUUGGGAUUCAGAUUCCUUACAGCAGGACUUUAAAGCUGUGUGGUACAAAGAGAGGGACUGUUCUAGUACCGAAUAGGAAUCUGAACAUCAGCUUCGUGACUGACAACUCUGUAACAGACGUCGGUUUUAGCAUCAGUAUCACGUGGCGGCAGAGUAAAUGUCACCGCAUCAUUGAACUAACGGACUCCUCUGCAAUGGGCAUCAUCACGAGUCCAAGGUUCCCGAAAAAAUAUACUAAACAUACAGUCUGCGAGUGGUGGAUUGUGGCCCCUGAAGGUAAAAGAAUCCAACUAGAAUUCACACGAAUCAGCCUCAGGGACAGGGACUGCAUUAAUUCUUACAUCGUCAUAGACAAGUCAGGGCAGGCCACCUACUGGCGAGAGAACAGCUCACUUCUCUGCGCUGCUCACAGAACGGCGACAGUCGUCUCGGUUGGCCGCGCCGUUAACGUUGCUUUUGCCGGCGGACGGAAGCGCUCUUGGGGCUUCUCUGCUCAAUACACCGUUGUGUAA